AUGGAACUGCACGUGAAAUCGAUCAAUCAAGUCUCGUGGAUGUAUGCCCCAGAUCGGAAUGGAUGGACACCAAUUCACUAUGCACUCCAUUCGAAACAGGGUAUCGGUAGUUUUGAAUACAUCAUUCAACAUUAUGGCGCGACCAGUGUGGACAAACUCGGACGGACAAUUUUGCACCACGCUGCUCUACUCGGGAAAUUGACCGCAUGUAAAAUGAUUUUGGAGCAAUCCGACUCCGGGCUGGUCAACUUGUUGGACGAUCAUAAACGUACCGCUUUGCAUUUGGCCACAGCAUGCGGCCACGGGGAUGUUGUCCAACUCUUGUUGGCGUACCAAGCCAAUCCGGAAAUCGACGACGAAUGCGGCCACUCGGCACUGACUUAUGCCCGGGUACAACGAUUGCAUUUCUGUCUACACUUACUCACAAAACACGCCCGGUUGAAAACCGCGUUGAAGAAGAAAAGUGUGCGUAGUUUUUCCCCCGUAAAAAUUUCACCCAAACCGAUCGAUAAACAACGAUCCCAAUCCUACACGCAUUUAAGCAAUCAGCUUGGGUACUCUAGUGUGGACUCCUCCAGCGGAUCGUUUGGUCUACCACGGGAUCUAUGGACUCUGAGUAAUCGAAGUCAGUCCUGGGCCACAGCAAGACGAAAACCACAAACUCCAACUAAACAAUCACGGAAAGAACGGAACACACCAUCUCGAGGCGGUGGCGACCGUCCUGGCACACCGAUCAAAACCACAGUAUAUAAGGCAUCAAGGGAUGACAUUUUGUAUCAGACCAGAGAGAAUCUCACUAUCCAGGAUGAGGACGAACCGAUUGCAUACGUAGGUUCAUGUACACAUGAAAUAUCAAACGUUGUACUUACAAUUGGGUUCGUGAUCAAUGAAUAG